GCCGCCGUAGUGUCCAUUAGAGCGUCUACGCGCCGCAUACAUGCACGUAGGCGUCCAAUUCACUGCCGUAUAAUUUCACGAAAAAGAGAACGUAUCUAGAUUAAAAGCAUCAAAAUUUCACAUCUCGUAUCGCGGAGAAUCUCCUUCUCUGUCUAAACGAUUCUACAAACUUUGCUUACGGUAAUUAUAGCUGUGCAACAUUGAAAGCACACAUUGAUAAGUAUACGUAUUACUGCUCGUGUACAUGCGAAUGUCUCUACGACUACAAUCAGAAAAAACGAUUAUCCUCUUAAAAACAAAUAAGUAACGCAUAAAGUUUGUCACGCAGUUAAUUGUUUUCAAAUGAAUCGAUCGUUACCGCGCUACAUUUCGCGCGUUGUUAGUGUUCAUGAAAACCAACGGCAAAAAAAAAUUCGCAGUUCGUGAACGUGUGCAUAUUCGUGCAUUCGUGACAAGUGUCUGGAGGGUCUUUGACAUGUACAGAUUAUUGCGUGCAGCGUAGGUAUCGAAGAAUUGUUGAAGGCCGAAGAAGGGACCAAAGAAUGGACGGAAAGGACGACAGUCAGCACCAUCAGCAGCAGCAGCAGCAGCAGCAUUAAUAGAGGAGUGGGGAGUAUGGUUGACUGGUAGAGAGAAAUGGUGGGGGCCGUGGGAGAAGAAGUGGGGUACAGCGGGAAAUACAGUCGGCAGUGGCGGCAGUUGCGUCUCGAGCAGCGCGCGUGGUGUUUCGUUCCGUCCUAUGCGUGUUACCCUCUCGCGAUAGCUACCGAAGCUUUUACGUGAGCCGACCGAAAUUCGUUUUUUUCUUUUCGUUUUGUGACGCGACUUGCGGCAUCGUAAGCUGCAAUUACGUGGGACGUCCUAUCGAACGGGACAGUGAAACUUCGGUGGUGGUUUUUUUUCAGUGUUAUUUUUCUGUGUUUAACAUUCGUUUUGUAACGGAAAAACCAGUUCCCCCCCCCCCCCCCCCCUCUCCCGCGAAGGUUUUACCACGAAGAUUCUUUUGCUAAAAAAAACACCCAAAUUGGAAUUCUUUUUCGUGAGAUUCAUCGGCGCCGAGGGCUGUUGACACUGGCAGAAUACGCUUCGCACCGAUCCAGACAAUAUCUCUGGAAUGACGAUCGGAGCGGCGAUGACGAGGAUUGAAAGUUACCGCUGAUUCGUAGGAUACACCCUGCAGGGCCACUCGCUACCAAAAUGAGCACAUCCCUGCGAAUUUUGGCGCUGAUCAGUUUAGCUGCGCAGAACGUGGCUUGGCCGCAAGAUCCUGUUCCUAGGCUCUACGUCAAACAUCGCGAGGUGAUUGGCCAAAGGUUCCUGGGAAACGAGAGCCACGUGGAGCACUUCAAGCUCCUGGAGCGCGCGACCACUUCCAUCCUGAUUGGCGCCAGGAACGCCAUCUACAACAUAAGUCUGCACGACCUGACGGAGAUCGUCGACCAGAGGUUGCAGUGGACCAGCAGCGGGGCGCAUCGCGAACUUUGUUAUCUGAAAGGACGUAGCGAGGACCAGUGUCAAAAUUAUGUACGAGUAUUCGGCAGACAAGGGCCUGAUCGAUUUCUUGUUUGUGGAACGAACGCGUACAAGCCGCUCUGCAGGCAGUUCACCAUCAAGGUAAGAGCAAAUUCUAAAUAGCAGCUAAAACACGUCGAACUGACUUCUGAUUGACUUC